AUGGCCACCGUUGAGUUUGGGUCCAAGGAAGAUACCAAGAGGGCGAUCUCCCAAUUUGACCAUCAUGAACUUCAAGGAAGGGAGAUUUUUGUGAGACAAGAUUACCCUCCCCCAGACAAAAAGAGAGAGAGGGAGGAACGCAGACCAAGAGAACGGAGAGACCGCCCAGAAAGAGAACGUCCUGGCGCAGGUGCACCUCCAGGUCAAUCAGGGCCCGAAGUGUUUGUAGGAAACUUGCCAUUCUCUGUGUCUUGGCAAAAUCUUAAGGACUUGAUGAGAGAAGCUGGUAACGUCAUCAGAGCGGACGUCAAGACUGACAGCUGGGGAAAAUCUCGAGGCUUUGGUACGGUUAUCUUUAGUACCGAGGAGGAGGCCGCAUAUGCAAUUGAAAAGUUCCAAGGGUACGACAUGGGCGGCAGAAGAAUUGAUCUCCGUCCAGGUAGGGGAGACAAUCGACCUCCACCUCCUGCGGCUGAGGAGAGAAGGAUUACUGGCCAAAACACUGAAUUUACUAGAAACGUUGUUGGAAACGGAGAGCGCAGUAACACCAUUUUCGCAACCAACUUGCCUUUCGUGACAAAUGUUGACGACUUGUACGAGCUUUUCGAGACAAUUGGCAAGGUCACAAGAGCAGAGAUUCAAUUUGAUAACAGGGGAAGACCCAGUGGAAAUGCUGUUGUCCAAUUCGACCUGGAGGAAUUUGCCGAGCUUGCAAUCACCAACUUGAACAACUACAACUACGGAGGUAGAGAAUUGGGAAUUUCAUUCUCACAAAAAGUAGAGGCCGCUGAAUAA